AAGUCCACCACCACAAUGAUUGUCAAGAUGCUGUUCACACUUGGCUUCUUCCCGUUGGUUCAAGUAACAGAAGUCAAGAUUUUGGUAAAACAGCCUCCCUUGCUUGUAGCAACCAAUAAUGAAGUAAAACUCAUUUGCAACUACAUCUAUAACGGAUCCAGGACAGAAUUCCGAGCUUCCCUCCAGAAAGGAGUAGACAGUGCGGUCGAGACCUGCUCGCUAUAUGGGAAUGUUUCCCACCAGGAAAAUUCUCCGUCAAAUAAAGAAUUCAACUGCCACGGCAUAUUUAAUGAAACAACAAUGACAUUUCAUCUUUGGGACCUGCUUGCUAACCAAACAGAUAUUUACUUCUGCAAAAUUGAGGUCAUGUAUCCUCCUCCCUACUACCACAAUGAUAAGAGCAAUGGAACCAUCAUUCACGUGAAAGAAAAGCUGAAAUGCCCAGAUAUGAACCAUCAACCCCCAAAACCCUUUUGGGCUGUUGUAGCAGUUGUUGGAGUACUUGCUUUCUACAGUAUGCUAAUUACAGUGGCUUUUUGCAACUGCUGGCUGAGGAACAAGAAGAAUAGGAUCCUCCAGAGUGACUAUAUGAACAUGACUCCCCGCCGGCCUGGACCGACCAAAAAGCAGUACCAGCCCUACGCUCCAUCCCGAGACUACGCUGCCUAUCGCUCCUGACACAGACCUCUAAACAGAUACAAAGCAGCCAACAUCCCUCCUACAACCUAGCACUGCUCACCAAAUAAGAAGGACGAUUUUCAAUUCACAUUAGCUGGUUCCGCCUGCUCUCCUGCAGAGCCCAAUAGCUCUUUGCUCGUGUUGACAGGCCCAAACUCACAGGACAUUUUUGGCAUGAAAAAGUUGGGGUUUUUUCUUUUUUUCUUAUUUUUUUGAUGACAGCAAGUACUGUUCUCAAGUUAAUGAUGUGAUUGGGCUUCAGUGGGGGAAAAGGAAAAAAAUGGUAUAGACUUUCUACUGAUUUCACCAGUAACCCUCAAUUCACCCUGAACUGUUGGUUCAGCCCAGGUUUUCCACUUUCACCUCCCACACAACCUUCCCCUCUUUUCUUUAAACCUCCUGUCUAAAUCAAGUAGUAUGUCAUAGGCAUUGACUUUUAUAAGUUGAUUUAAGGGAAAAAGACUAGGCUUUCAAGUGUUUUCUUCAGGGCAAAGAAGACAUUGUAAUUUUUGAAUAUUUUUUAGUGAAGACCUGACUCUGAUGAAGGCUUCCAUUUGAUCACCUUCUUCAUCACCAUCAAUAUUUAUUGAGCACCUACUAUGUACAGAGCACUAUACUAGAUACUUGGAGCGCAUAUAAUCAAAGUAGAAGAAAUGGACUCUGCCCCUGAG